GUCCAACCGGCCGGGCGCCUCCUCUCCCGUGCUCUCUCUGUCCGUCUCUCAAUCGCCGCUGCUCCCCCUGCCCUCCUGCCGGCUGUCGGCCGCCGGCUUCCGCUGCUGGCCCCUCCCCUCCCGCCGGCCCUCCGCUGGUGCCCCCUCGCGCCGGCCCCCGGCAGCAUCAAAGGUCUCAAAACCCUUCUCCUCCCCUUGCGGCUCCCAGGCGAAUCGGAGAUGCAGCAGGGGGACGGCACGGAGGCGCAGGUGACGUGGGAGGACCAGCAGAACAUCAACCGCUUCGGCCGCCUCAACAACCGCCUCCACGAGCUCCAGGAAGAUAUCAAGCUAGCCAAGGAAGCAAAUGAAAACCUUGACGAUGCUGGGAACGAGCUCAUCUUGUCAGAUGAAGAUGUGGUGCGCUUCCAGAUUGGGGAAGUGUUUGCCCACAUGCCAAGGGACGGCGUCGAGACUAGGCUGGAGCAGAUGAAAGAGGACGCGGCGAAGAAGCUGGAGGGGCUGGAGGAGGAGAAGGAAUCCAUCCUCGCCCAGAUGGCCGAGCUGAAGAAGAUACUGUAUGGCAAGUUCAAGGAUGCCAUCAACCUGGAGGAGGAUUAGCAGGGAGCAGUUGAGCUGUUGCGCGUUCAGUUAUACACCGCUCUUUCUUCUUUCUAGUUCGGGCGCUGCUUUUUGCUAGCUUGUGUAACCGAAGAGAGUUUGAGCUUCAGAAGCUCGUUUAUCCCAUGAUGCAUGAACUUGGUCGAAGUGAAUGAUUUGGUUCGGAGCGUGCGUAUGAAUUGAAGCGAGUGGCGGCCGUGAACCUGUGGAAGUCAUGAUCUUUCUGUCUGUUUUGAUUUCACUCUUGAAGAUCGCCAACCUUUUUUUUCCGA